AUGGAACCAGGCAAUGAUACCCAAAUUUCAGGAUUUCUUCUUCUGGGAUUAUCAAAUGAUCCAGAACUGCAGCCCCUAAUAUUUGGGCUUUUCCUCUCCAUGUACCUGAUCACUGUAUUUGGAAACCUGCUCAUCAUACUUGCUGUCAGCUCUGACUCCCACCUUCACACCCCCAUGUACUUCUUCCUGGUCAACCUGUCCUUUCUAGACAUCUGUGUCAUUUCUACCAUCAUCCCAAAGAUGCUGGUGAAUAUACAGACACAGAGCAAAGUUAUAACCUAUACAGAAUGCAUCAGCCAGAUCUGUUUUUCCACACUCUUUGCAGGUUGUGAUGACUUUCUCCUGGCUGUGAUGGCCUAUGACAGGUUCGUGGCCAUCUGUCACCCCCUGCACUACACAGUCAUCAUGAACCCCCACCUCUGUGGACUGCUGGUUCUGAUGUCCUGGAUCAUGAGUGUCCUGAAUUCCUUGCUACAAAGCUUAAUGGUGUUGUGGCUGUCCUUCUGUUCAGAAGUGGAAAUCCCCCACUUUUUUUGUGAACUCCAUCAGAUGAUACAAUUUGCCUGUUCUGAUACCUUUAUCAAUGACACAGUGCUAUAUGUUUCAACUGUGCUGCUGGCUGGUGGUCCCCUUGCUGGGAUCCUUUACUCCUACUCUAAGAUUAUUUCCUCCAUAUAUAGAAUCUCAUCAGCUCAGGGAAAAUAUAAAGUAUUUUCUACCUGUGCAUCUCACCUUUCAGUUGUCUCCUUAUUUUAUUGCACAGUCCUGGGAGUGUACCUUAGCUCUGCAGCUACCCAGAGCUCCCACUCAAGUGCAGUAGCCUCGGUAAUGUACACCGUGGUCACACCCAUGCUGAACCCCUUCAUCUACAGCCUGAGGAACAAGAACAUAAAAGGGGCUCUGAUAAGAUUCUUUAAGUGA